AAAAUCCAAAAGGAUUAUAUUAUGGAGUAGGAAAAAAUUAAAGAAAACAUAAAAAUAGUGUGUAAAAGUGGGUAUUUGACCUGGAAAAAGUCCAAAAUUUGCCUGAUCUACUUAGCCACCACCUCUCUUUCCCCACUCCUCUACUACUCUCUCUUAGUUGACCGACUUCACUUCUCUUCUCCAACAACUCAUUUCCUUUCCUUUCCCCCUUUUCCCAAAUUACUAUAUAUAUAUUCCCUUGCUUUCCCCUACUUCCCCACCACAACAUUAUUUACCUACAACACACCACAACACAACACAAACUCAUUUCAUUCUCUCACUCUUUCUCUUCACUUCCACCAAAUUCAUUUCAAUCUCUCCUUCUCUCUUGGUUGUUCAUAUAUGGCUCUUGAGGCGCUCAACUCGUCCAAUUCACCGAUGAAAUCCGAUGAGAAUCUCAUGAUGACCAAGAAGAAGCGGUCCAAGCGGCCUCGCCUCGACUCCCCGCCUUCCGAGGAGGAGUACCUCGCUCUCUGCCUUGUCAUGCUCGCUCGCGGCGCCACAUCCAAAGAAAAGGAACAAUACCAACACCAACAACAACAAAGGGUGACGUACAAGUGUGGAGUAUGUGACAAGGAGUUUCUUUCUUACCAAGCUUUAGGCGGUCAUAAAGCCAGUCACCGGAAACCGGCUGUCGUAGACGGUUUACAUACCACAAUAGCAACCACUGCAACCGCUACCUCGUCUUCCUCCACCUCUACCGGCGGUGGUAAAUCGCACGUGUGCACGAUUUGUAACAAGUCUUUUCCUAGUGGUCAAGCCUUAGGUGGUCACAAAAGGUGUCACUAUGAAGGUGGGAUUAGUAAUAAUAAUAAUAAAAGUGUUUCGGCCACCGCUAUUAUAACCGCUACCGCCGCUGCGAACUCCACCGUGUCUGACGGCGCCGCCGCAACAUCCACCGUGACACAUAGUCGUGUCGAUUUCGAUUUGAAUUUACCGGCGUUUCCUGAUAAUCAUUUGACCGUUGACUUUGAUGGUGUUAUCAAACAAGCUUGCUUUGAUCAAGAGGUUGAAAGUCCACAUCCAUCUAAGAAGCCUCGCCCUUUUAGUCUUCAUUGAUUUAUUAAUUACUUCAAAAAAUACUUUUUUUUUUUUUGGGUAUUUCUUGUAAAUAAUAGAGAGGUUGAUUCUUGUCAUUAUGAUUAUAAUUAUUAUUGUUGUUACAAAAUUAUUAUUGGGUGAAAUAUUUAUUAAUAAAUUUUAGUAGUAGAAAUUACAUAUUGAUUUGAUUUAUUACCAUGUAAUUAAGAAAUUUUUUGUACAUAUUAUAUAUGCAGUGCAAUAUUGUUCAUUA